AUGGUGACGUCGGUCCUCAUUGUAUACGCGCACCAGAGCAGCAGUUCGUUCAACGCGGCAGUCAAAGAUGUGGCGGUGAAGGAGCUGCGGUCUCUGGGCUUCAAGGUGACCGUGUCUGACCUAUACGCCAUGGGCUUCAAGGCUACCGCCACCCGAGAGGACAUCCUGGCCGAGUUGAAAAGUCCAGAGAACUUCCGCUACGGAGAGGAGAUGGAGGAGGCCUGGAGAGCACAGACCCUCAGCGACGACAUCAAAGAGGAGCACAAGAAAGUUCUGGAGGCCGACCUCAUUAUCUUCCAGUUCCCCAUGUACUGGUUCAGUGUUCCGGCUAUCAUGAAGGGCUGGUUUGACCGUGUGCUCACAGGGGGCUUCGCUUUCUCCCUCAAGAACAUGUACGACAACGGGAUCUUUAAGGAAAAGAAGGCCAUGCUGUCCUUCUCUACCGGAGCCUCACAGUCCAUGUUCCGUCCUGACGGAGUGAACGGAGACAUGAAUGUGGCUCUGUGGCCCUUGCAGAACGGUGUGCUCCACUUCUGUGGCUUCCAGGUACUUGCCCCUCAGAUCUUCUGGAGCCCCGCCCACAGCCCUGAGGCUGUGCGUGCCGCCAUGCUGGAGGCGUGGGGGCUGAGGCUGAAGACGCUGCUGAGUGAGUGCCCUCUGUGCUUUGCCUCCUCCAUACUGUUUGACCUCAGCUUUCAGGGAAAGUUCUCCCUCCGGCCGGACGUGAAGCAGGAGCUGGAGGCCCAGGAUUAUGGCCUCACCACAGGACACCACCUGGGGAAACCUCUGCCUCCGGACAACCAGCUGUGUGCACCAGGGGGUGCUCACGGACACCCAUAA